UCUCUUCAAGUUUUCUCCCAUGAAAUCGUUAUUUAAUUAGAUCUUUUUCACGUUUGGAAUGCUCUCUUUAAUGUUUCUUGUCUUCCUUUACUUUGUUUCCUACAGUUUUAGUAGUAGUAUUCUCCGAAGAAACAAAACUCACCCCUUUUUUCUAGCACAAGCUUCAAAUCUUGGCUUGGCAUUUCGGCUUUAUUAUCUGGAGAUACUGAGCUAGGAUUACAAAUUCAUCUUUUUCUGGCCUCUCUUUUGCUUUCUUGAUUCAAGGUGUCAGACUCAAUCCUUCUGCCCUUACCCUUUUGGUUUCUAAAUGGAAAUUUAGCUCAAGCAUCGAAGCACCUUGUAUUUAGUUUGAAGCUUCCAGAGGUUCUUCAUUUAGCCCUCAGAGUCCUGACUGGAUGCUGUGGGUUUUUUGUGCUUCCCUUCUUCUGUAUAUGUGGUAACGAAUCAUCAGUUUCAGUAUUUGGUAUAAUGGGGAGUUUGGUCUGGCUAGUGCAUAUGCCUCUUCUUAUCAUUGGGGCAUUGUCUGUAGCAGUUGCAGAACCUGGUGAUGUGAAUAUUGGAGCAAUAUUCACAUUUAGCACCAUCAAUGGAAAAGUGGCAAAAAUUGCCAUGGAAGCUGCUGUACAGGAUGUCAACUCUGAUCCCAAUUUUCUUGGUGGAAAGAAACUGGCUCUUUCUAUGCAUGAUUCCAACUACAGUGGAUUUCUCAGCAUUAUGGGGGCAUUACAGUACAUGGAGCUUGACACCGUAGCCAUUAUCGGUCCACAAUCAGCCGUGAUGGCUCAUGUACUCUCAUAUCUUGCAAAUGAACUCCAUGUCCCUAUGCUGUCAUUCACUGCAUUGGAUCCCACCCUUUCACCUCUCCAAUACCCUUACUUCAUCCAAACAGCACCCAAUGAUCUGUUUCAGAUGACUGCCAUUGCGGAAAUGGUUAGUUAUUUCGGUUAUAGAGAGGUAACUGCGGUCUUCUCUGAUGAUGAGCAGAGCCGAAAUGGCAUAAGUGUGCUAGGUGACAUACUCGCUGAGAGACGCUGUAAAAUUUCAUAUAAAGCAGCCCUUCCCCCUGAUCCCACUGCAACCCGAGAGGACGUUAAGAAUGCAUUGAUUAAGGUUAGGUUGAUGGAAUCUAGAGUCAUUGUUCUACAGACUUUCAAGAUAACAGGCCUUCUGGUUUUCGAUGUGGCCCAGUAUCUUGGGAUGAUGGACAGUGGGUAUGUUUGGAUUGCUUCUACUUGGCUCUCGAGUGUUUUGGAUUCUAGUUCGCCAAUUUCUCAUAAUACUGCCAAAUCCAUCCAAGGGGCUAUCACCCUUCGUCACCACACACCAGACUCGGAAAAGAAAAGGGCUUUCUUAACUAGGUGGAAUCAGUUGAGUAACAACUCAAUUGGGUUGAAUGCUUAUGCUCUAUAUGCUUAUGACACUGUUUGGAUUAUUGCUAAUGCGGUGAAAGUGUUUUUGGAAAAUGGUGGCAACAUUUCAUUCUCUAACGACUCGAGUUUAAGUGGUCUGGGUGGAGGGACACUUAAUCUUGCUGCGUUGAGCGUGUUUGAUGGCGGGAAGCAGUUACUUAGCAACAUAUUGCAAACCAAUAUGACAGGUUUAACUGGUCCUCUGGGAUUUAAUCCAGACAGAUCUCUAAUACAUCCCUCCUAUGAUAUCAUCAACGUUAUUGGGAGUGGGUUCCAGCAGAUAGGAUACUGGUCUAACUAUUCUGGACUAUCUGUUGAAUCACCAGAGGUGCUUUACACCAAACCGCCUAACCGUUCAAGCUCCAACCAACAAUUGCACAGUGUGGUAUGGCCCGGGGGCACGAAGAUUAAGCCUCGUGGUUGGGUGUUUCCAAACAAUGGGAGGCAGUUAAGAAUUGGAGUUCCAAACCGCGCUAGUUAUAAGGCUUUCGUUUCACGAGUCAACGGUACUAAUAAAGUCCAAGGAUAUUGCAUAGAUGUUUUCGUUGCUGCGGUAAAGCUUCUUCCUUAUGGGGUGCCUUAUAAGUUCAUUCUGUUUGGAGAUGGUCACAAGAACCCAAGCUAUGCUGAACUUGUAAAUAAGGUUGCAUUCAAUGUCUUUGAUGCUGCUGUUGGUGACAUUGCUAUUGUCACAAACCGUACAAAAAAUGUGGAUUUUACUCAGCCUUACAUAGAAUCGGGGCUAGUCAUAGUGGCGCCUUUGAGAAAGUUGAACUCAAGUGCUUGGGCUUUCUUGCAGCCAUUCACUCCCCUAAUGUGGGGAGUCACUGCAGCCUUUUUCCUUAUAGUUGGAGCAGUGGUGUGGAUUCUGGAGCAUAGGAUAAAUGAUGAAUUUCGCGGGCCUCCUAGGAAACAGUUAAUGACGAUUCUGUGGUUUAGCUUCUCAACUAUGUUUUUUGCCCACCGAGAAAAUACAGUGAGCACGCUUGGACGAAUGAUCCUAAUCAUCUGGCUAUUUGUGGUUUUGAUUAUCAACUCAAGCUAUACUGCAAGCCUGACAUCAAUUCUCACAGUGCAACAGCUAGCCUCAAACAUCAAAGGGAUUGACACCUUGAUAGCCAGCAAUGUCCCGAUUGGUUUCCAGGUCGGGUCUUUUGCAGAGAACUAUAUGAGUGAAGAACUUGGUAUCUCCAAAUCUAGGCUUGUUGCACUUGGCUCGCCAGAAGAAUAUGCUAUGGCCCUUGAGAAAGGAACUGUUGCUGCUGUGGUUGAUGAACGACCGUACAUAGAGCUCUUCCUCUCGACCUACUGCAAGUUCUCCGUUGUCGGUCAAGAGUUCACGAAAAGUGGGUGGGGAUUUGUAAGUAUCUCAGAAGUGAGCAAGCAUUUCCAAGAGACUCUCCCUUAGCCAUUGACAUGUCGACUGCCAUUCUCGCACUGUCAGAAAACGGUGAGCUUCAAAAGAUUCACGACAAGUGGCUGAACAAAGACGUUUGCGGUUCAGAGAGAUCUCAGCUUGACUCGAGCAAACUCCAUUUGAACAGCUUCUGGGGACUCUUUGUCAUCAGUGGCGUCGCGUGCAUUCUCGCUCUCCUUGUGUAUUUCUGCAUGAUGCUGCGCAAAUUCAGCAGAUACUUUACUGAAGUACAUGAUCCAUCUAUCCAUGGCAGCUCCCGUUCUGCACGAGUCCAGACGUUCUUUUCGUUUGUGAAUGAGAAGGCAGAGGUAUCCAAAAGCAAGUUGAAGAGGAAACGGUCUGAACUUUCAUCUGAUGUUAGUAGGAGGGAGCUCGAAUCUACAAAUGGAUCAGAAAGAAUAGAAACUGGAAGCGAUACUUGGCUUCAUUGAUUAGUUGUUGAAUGGACGUCUUAAACAUUUUUUCUCUGCUUGUGCUUCCAGAGACAAUGGAAGGAGUGUUUUCAGAAUUGAAAAGAGAAACCUGAAGGAUAUAUAGGACAAGAUGAUGAACCAAACAGCGAACAAAAACCAGGAAGCACCGAUGAGCCACAUGCAGGGAAACUUGCAGUUGUGGUUCUGGCUGGGCUCCUGGUAUACUGCACUAAUACGUAUAGGUUUUUGUAAUUUAACCGAUGUUCCUAUAGUGCAAAAGCAAAUAUGUUUGGUAUUCCCUUGUAACUUCCCCGUAUGGGUUAUGUUCGUGUAUCUAUUUCUUGUCUGGGAGAAACUAAUGGAGCUCUCUUUGAUCACCCA